CGAGAGUAGGUUGAUGAGUGCCAUGUGAAAGCGAAAAUUGCAGAUCGCGAAUUUGAUGAACAAUGGCGUUUUACUGAACGCGUGAUGUCUGCCGUCCCAAAUUUGUAGUAACGAAUUGUUAUGAUUGAGACGUUUGAUUGACGGAAUGUCCGGGCUUGUGCGAAACUUCUCACUUCAAAUGGCAGGCCAGCAUGGUCAGGGUGACACAGGAGCAGAACGUAAUCUUGGAAACGGACACUCCAACGGAGCCUCUCCUCUCAAGCUUUUUGGCCAGGCCAAGAAAAAAAUCAAUGAUAUCUUCAAAGAUAUAGGAGAAUAUAUAUUUGACUGUGAAAAUUUCUUGGAAGAUGUGAGUUCAGUGAGCACCCUGGUGACAACAGAAUACGCUUCUGUUGUCAAGGGCUUUAAGACCAAGGUCACUGGAAUCUCAGAAGUUCUUUUACGAGACAAAAUGAAGGUGGCGUUUUUUGGAAGGACAUCGAAUGGAAAGAGCACGGUAAUCAACGCUAUGCUGAGGGAGAAGAUUCUUCCCAGUGGCAUUGGACACACCACCAACUGUUUCCUGCAGGUAGAGGGAUCUGACUCCGGUGAGGCUGCGUUAUUGACAGAGAAUUCUGAUCAACUACAGAGUGUCAAGAAUAUCAAGCAGCUUGCAUCGGCUCUCAGCACCUAUAAACUGUCAUCCAACUCGUUGUUACGAAUAUUGUGGCCGAAGGACAAAUGUCGACUUCUGAAGGAGGAUGUGGUUCUAGUGGACAGCCCUGGGAUUGAUGUUUCUCCUGAUUUGGAUGAGUGGAUAGAUAAGUUCUGUCUGGACGCUGAUGUAUUUGUGCUGGUGGCCAAUGCAGAGUCCACGUUAAUGCAAACGGAGAAGAAUUUCUUCCACAAAGUCAGUUCCCGCUUGUCCAAACCCAACAUUUUCGUGCUGCAGAAUCGCUGGGACACAUCAGUCCUUGAAGAAGAUGUAGAUGAGGUACGUACGCAACAUAUGGAGAGGAACAUCCAGUUUUUGGUGGAUGAGUUAAAGGUGGUGGACCAGAAGGAGGGCGAGGAUCGUGUGUUCUUUGUGUCUGCCCGUGAAGCCCUCACCUGUCGGACCCACCAAGACAAGGGAACACCUACACCCCCGGGAACCUUGGCUGAAGGAUUCCAAGUCCGUCUGUUUGAGUUUGCCAACUUUGAGAGAAAGUUUGAGGAGUGUAUAUCCAAGUCUGCGGUGAAAACCAAGUUUGAGCAGCACACAGAAAGAGGGAAGAGCAUCUCGAGUGAGCUGCGCAGUUUGAUGAGGGACAUCCAUAAGCAGAGCCUGGACCAGAAAGAGCAGCAGGUUCGGAAUCGCUGUGAGAAGCAGGAUGAGCUGGACUACCUACAGAAACAGCUGGCAUUGCUCACAGGAGAAAUCAAAGAGAAGAUUAAAUCCAUGGUCGAAGAUGUGGAGAGGAAGGUGUCCUCUGCACUAAAUGAAGAAAUUCGCCGGCUGUCAACAAUUGUUGAUGAGUUUGAAUGGCCAUUUGACCCUGAUGCCCAUCGCUUGUCUGCCUACAAAAAGGAACUUCUUGGUCAUACAGAGACCUCUCUUGUUCGGAAUCUGUCUGGUCGUUGUUCAUCGAGCAUCAACCGUGUGCUCGAGGCCAGUGACCAAGAAAUUGUAGAUCGUCUUUCCUCACUGCUGCCUGAAGAUGUCAAACAACAAGUAAGCACUCAGCUGCCUAAGAGAGACUUUGAGAUCGCUUACAGAUUAGACUGUAAGAAUCUCUGUGGAGAUUUCGUCGAGGAUAUUGACUUUCGCUUUUCGUACGGACCAGCAGCACUGUUUCACAGAUUUCUGGGUCCUAGAGGGGCCAAAUCUUUAUCUCUGGGCCUGUCAGAGUCUAUUCCGGCCUCUGUCCCGAGCACACCCACAGGGGAGGGUUACAUGAGCCCCGUGGGUCAGGAUGCUGACGUCAUGGUCUCCAUGUUGUCCACAUUCGCCUCCCUUACCUCGCGCAGUACUGUUGGAGCAAUCAUUGUCACAGGAUUGAUAACAAAAGCGGCUGGCUGGCGUGUUAUUGCCAUCAGUGGCGCCAUCUAUGGAGCACUUUACCUGUACGAGCGACUGACGUGGACUAAUCGUGCUAAGGAACGCUGCUUCAAGCGUCAGUAUGUGGAUUACGCCGGCAGCAAACUACGCCUCAUUGUGGAUCUGACCAGCUCAAACUGUAGCCAUCAAGUUCAGCAAGAGUUAUCUGCCACUUUUGCACGACUUGGCCACCAGGUGGAUGUGUUCAGGUCACAUUUAGAGGAGGAGAUAGAACAAUUGGAUAAGGACAUCAAAGCUUUGGCAGUCGUAGGAAAUAAGGCCAAAAUCCUCAGGAACAAAGCAGACUUUCUUGACAGUGAGCUGAACAGCUUUAUCAAGCAGUACUUGACAGAAGAAAGCUAGUGAUAGAAAGAAAUGUAGUCAUGAAUUCACCCAGAAUUUGUCUGUAGAGUCCAAAUUGAAUGUGAGUUUUGAAUGAUGUGUGCAACUAUGAUGUGUAGCAGAUGUUAUUUAUUUGUAUUCUGGUAUUGGGUGCAAGAUUUUACAUCUUUAGUUAGUUUUCUUUAUAACUAUGUUUUGUGUAUUUGUACAUAGAGGGAAUUAAUAUCUUGAAUAUUUUAAUUAUCAUAAUGCUUUCUCUCGCAUUUUUCCAGUGUCAUGAAUUGUUCCAAACAUCACAGUAGCAUAGCACUAAUGUGUCAUUAAGCUUAUCCCUAUACUCCCUGACUUAUUGUAGGCCAGUUUUGUUUGAAGUCCUCUGUUAGGUCACCAAUCAGAUGUUUUGUUGCUAACUCACAUGGUUCCAUAUUUGUGUGUUAUAUGAAUUGUUUGUAAGGAAGUCUAUCAUUGGUCAGUUGUAAGUGAUGAUCCAUGGAUAAUCGGUCUACCAUUAUUAACUGGAGUAAACUUGCUUUGUUAUUUUAUUACAAUAUUUUAUUACUCCUUUGGUAUUAUAAAAAUGAAAUUCUGCCAGUUGUUCAGUUCAUUUCCGGUGUGUCAUAAUGAUGUAUAUAUUAACCACAUGAGAGUCCCAGGCUGUUGCUAGAAUCUGUUCCAAGCACAAUCCUGUGUACAAGAGAGCUCGUCAAUAUUAGGUAGAUACGGAAAAACUAAGAAAUUUGGGCAUAAGUUAAAGGUUAUCCCGUAUAUUCUGUUGAGGAAACUAGAGUAACAUGAGGUUACAGAUGCUUUCAUUUACUCUCUACAAAGUUCAAGAAAUUUGAUUUUCUCACAAAAUUACCCAGCCUAAAUUACUGUUUUAUUCCUCUACAAGUUUAUCUGUCUAGAAUCUGUGGCAAUAUCUAUCAUAGGUGAAUGCUCUGCACAGAAGUACUACAUGCUAUCAGAACCGGUAUCAUCUGCCCAGAUACCCAAUAUUAUCGUGUAUUUUGGGAAUGUUUGAAUCGGAUCUUCUUGGGUAACAUUUUACUUUAACUUAUUGUGAAUUUCAUGUUUUGUCAUUGUUCAGUGAAGUCUCAUGUUGGUUGAAGAGUGUCACUUGAAGCAAACAUUGAAUCAAUUCUUGUCAUCAGUUAAGAUCGAUUUUUUCAUAAGCAUAGAUUUAUGAUUACCUGGAUACUAUAUAAUUGUACAAUCUAUUUUUUCUGGACCUUGUAUUUAGAUCUCAAAUAACAAUUGGGGGUACCCUCUAAAUGGGCAGUUUGCACACCUGUGUUUCACUGACACCACUAUUUUACCUCCAAACAAAAAUUGUGUAUAUUUAGAAACUUACACAUAGUUCUGUGACAAUACGACUGCACUUUUACGGACUUUAUACACUAAUGAAAGAAAUAAACUUGUCUUUAUGCAUCGCCCUUCCUCCAAAACUGCGUGAAUAUAGUUAAUUAUAUAGGUUGAGCUUUCCUUGCAUUGUCAUAGGCAGAUGUCUGAAAUUUUGUGAAUACGACUAAAUUUGGUUCCAAGGUAUGGAUUUAAAACUAAGGGACAUGGACAUUUCUGAAAUUUGCUUAGUGAUGUCUCACUGUAGUUACAAAGUACAUGUAGAUAUAAAUUUGUUGUUUCCCUAAAGCAAAAUAGCAGCGGCGUAGUGAACACACAGGUCACUGCAAGACGGGGACCUCCCGUUUAAUGGAGUCGCUAGGGAAUUUUGUUGUUUUAAAUCCAAAAAGAGCUGCAUUCUUGUUUAAGGCUGACUGAAUUUUUGGAGUAAUAUAACUCAUUUUAAUCGCUAAUGAAUUGUUUUUUUACAGAGAGUUUGGCUUUUUCUUCUCAUCAAGGCUAUAAUUGUUUGUUUUGUUCGAUUUCCUUUUUCUUUAAGAAUUGUUGCAUAUGAACUGUAUAUUACAUUUGCCAUUUUGCAUCUGUUAAUCUUAGUGCAGAAGUAUCAAUUUAUAAUCAGAGGGCUUACUUAGUUUGUGUUGUGCUUUUUUAAUUGUAAGCAUCAUUUACUCUGUAUCGGUUUCAGCCCAAUCUGUUGAGGCCAGGGCAGUUUCACUAUGAUAUAAAUAUUGCCCGCAGUAGGGGAAAUUCAAGUCAAACUUUUGUCAUUAAAGGUAAAAACAGUCCUCCUGUUAUCAUGCGACUUGUGAAAAAUGUUUGAAAGCCUUUGUAGACAUUAAAUUACCAAUCACUUGUCUCACCGUGUUCCAGAGGCACAAAUGACUUGUUGAGUUUACAAAUGUUCAGCUCCUCAAUUUUCUCCAUCAUUUGUCUGCUCUAAACAACUUUUUUGGAAACUUUUUUCAGACGUCUGUGUUAUAGCACCCGCAAUAGUUGCCUAACAUUUUUGACAGAACGCAUAAUACAGUAGGACUUUUUUUGCUUUCAGCAAGUUCAAACUCAAAACUCGCUGCAUGCUCACAAAACCAAGCUAUUCUACCAGUGAAUUAAGAAAAAUAUAGCGGACUGAGACAGAAGUCACAAACAUGUACAAUGCAGGAGACUACUCAAUACUAGAAAAUUUGUUGUUUUCCCAGAACACAAUAGCUUUUUACUUAGUGGACUGAGUAUGUACAUGUUGAUGUAGUUAUUGAACACAGGAUGCUUCACGUUAGUUUAGUUGUUUAAGCAGUAUGUAUGCCUACACACAGGUCACCGCAAGACAGGGACCUCACAUGUUUAAUGGAGUCGCUAGGGAAUUUUGUUGUUUUAGAUACAAAAGAGCUGCAUUCUUGUUUAAGGCUGACUGGAUUUUUGGAGUGAUAUAACUCAUUUUAUUCGUUAAUGAAUUGUAUUUUUGGUCGAUUUUCUUCAAGAAUUGUUGCACAUGAACUGUUUAUUACAUUUGCCAUUUUGCAUCUGUUAAUCUUGGUGGUGUUUUGUGCCAUCUAGGUGUCUCUCACUUGGUGCAGAAGUAUCAGUUUAUAAUUAGAGGGUCUACUUAGUUUGUGUUGUGUUUUUUUAAUUGUAAGCAGCAUUUACUCUAUCAGUUUCAGCCCAGUCUUUCUAGGCCAGGGCAGUUUCACUCACAUGCUUGUGUUAUAGUACCCACAAUAGUUGCCUAACAUUUUUGACAGAUCACAGUGGGACUUCUUUGGCUUUCAGUGGUAAGAGUUCAAACUCAAAACUCGCUGUGCACUCACAAAACCAAGCUAUUCUACCAGUGAAUUAAGGAAAAUAUAGCGGACACUGAGGCAGAAGUCACAAACACGUGUGAUGCCUGAGACUGCUCAAACCUAGAAAGAGGAAGUUACAAUAUCAUGCGAGAAAAUUCCACGAGAUGGUCAAAAUGUUCUGAAUAAUAAUCGAUCACAUAUAAGUAACUAGAAUAAGAGUUGUAUUAAGUUGGUUUCAAUCCUUUUCGGUCAACCACUGCACAAAAAUUUCUAGAUAGACUUUUCUCUAAAAGUUAAAUCUUGCACACAGUGUCCUCAUUAGUGACAUUUGCUUAAAUCCAGCCACCAUCAUCUGGGUCCUUGUCUACUUAGGAUUUUAUAAGAAGCAAAUUUCUGUUGUGUCUAUCAGAAAACAUCUGGCUUACAUUUUGAAUUGAACCAAACUACUGCCGAUGUCAGAUGUGUAAUGGAUCUAUGGCUUUUUGUCGCACCUUCAUGAGGUCCAUGAGUUGAGGAAUGUCGUCAAGCAGACGACACUUUGAAGAUGCAAGAUGUAGCCUUUAAUAAUGAUAAAAUAACGUGUAGUUUGCUCAACAUUAAAUGUUGUGAUUAACAUAUAAAGUACACAACUCUUGAUAGACGUUGGGUUAUUUUUUCACACUGUUCAUGUAAUUACACCAUUACAACCCAUUGGGCAUAUGUGUAGUUAUAUCAUUACAACCCAAUGGAAAAUAUGUCGUUACAACAUUACAACCCAUUAGGCAGAUGUAGGAUAUACAUCAUAACCCAAUAGGAAAAUGUGUAGUUAAGCUAUUACAACCCAUCAUGCACAUAAAGUUACACCAAUAUAACUCACUGGGCAUGUCUUUUAUGAGUAUAUGUGUAGUUGUACCGUUGCAACUGAUAAAGCAUGUGUAGUUACAGCAUUGACUCAGAGUGUGCGUGUCUGUGUAGUUACAGCAUUGACUCAGAGUGUGCGUGUCUGUGUAGUUACACUGUUUUGGCUCAGUUGAGUAUUUGUGUGUGCAGUACAAAGGACUAGUGAGUAUUUGUAAGGCUUGCCUUGUCUAGAUAUCCUUGCAUCAGACUGUGGUUUUAAUGUUACUGAUUUGUCAGCAGAACAUCCAGAUAUAGUUAACAUUCUAAUAAACAGAAUGUAAUGAUAUAUCGUAGUUGUCUGUCUUCCCUCUUUUCAAUGAUCAAGGGAUCUAUAU